ACUGCCUGCGAAGCAGUCGUGUUGAGCGUCGCGUUAUUUUGUUUUCUGUUUUGUUUUUCGUUUUGUGUUUUUAAUUAGUUUCCCAUUAAUUUGCAAUUAAAGUUGAGACAAUCGUUAAACUAAAGAUUUCGUGUUACCCAAAUAGUGAAGUUUGCCCUUUAAAGGACGAAGUAGACUGCAUUCGCUUGUUGUCGCUGAGCAUUUGCAACUGUGUGCGUCGUUUGGCAGCAACAGGUUUUCCAACUCAACUCAACGCGCCACCUCAGUUUUCAUUUGUUUUCGAUAUUCCGUGGAGUGCGGUUCGCGUUGCGGGAAAAUCGAAUUGCAAUUGAAUGCAGCGUUAAAUGGAAAACGAGCAACUCGUUUCACAUAUCGUCGCAGGUGUGUAACGUCGUUCGGCGAUUCCAACGGGUUUUCCAGGAGGUUUUUGGCCCACAACAAGUUCAAAAACUUGGCCAUAAUACCACAGUUAACAAGUGCCACCGCAUCUCUCUGUUGUGUUGACAAGUGUAUGUGCAUGUGUGUUCGAAACUACGCGUUUUCUAAAAAGAAAAACAACGAAAAUCACCAUAAAAAUGGAAAGUGUUCGACACUUUGAUGCUCAAAACUGAUCAGCCAUACCUCGUUUUCGACUCGUGUUCGAGCCAAAUAAAUAAGCUAAGCAGAAAUAAACAAGCUGCCCGAACCGGAAUGACAGCUCAAUGACAUAACAAUUAUUUAAACGGCAAAAUGAAGAAGCGUUCAAAGUUUAUCUAAAACAUUCCCGCAGACAAGCGAAACAAAGCGCAACCGAGACAAUCAACAUAAGUAUUAAACAAACGAAACUCAAAUGCAAUGGAGCCAAAUAGCGCUAGUGCCUGAAAACAAUUCAACUGUGUGAGAGAGCGUGAUCGCUGCUAAAGACAAAAAACCAGGCAGCCAGCCGGCUUAAAAUGCCAAUAAUCACGGCCACGACAACGUCGACAGCCGGCGGAGGAGCAGGUGUGGCGGCCAGGGGCGUGGCCACCGCCAAGUCUCCCACCGAUUACCUAAUGCUGCAGCAGCAGCAACAGCAGCAGCAGCAGCAUUUCAACAGCAAUCACUUCUAUCAGCAGCAACAGCCGCAACAGUUGGCGCCUCUGAAUGCUUCCCACCAACACCAGCACUCCCAUCCACAUCCACAUCCACAUCCUGUUGCCGCUGCGACCAGUUUUGCAACAUUUAACGGAAACUCGAAUCUAAAUUCUAGCCUUGCCAACGGAAGCAGCAGAAAAUUCAAUUGCAGCCGCGACAAUGUGGACGAUGGUGGCGAUGCCGGCGAAAUGGCAGCCGCUUCCCAGACACUGUCCUCGGUUGGCACAGAUGUGGUUGGUAACGGGAACGGGAGCGGGCAUGGGAUUGGACAUGGCCAUGGCAAUGGAACUGGAACUGGGAACGGGGAGAAGUCUGGCGGCUUAGCGCCACCAGGUGGCCAUCAUCUUCGUCCGCCACCGCCGCCGGCUCUCAAGAAAUCCGCCGUAUCCGCCUCAGCAGCGAUUGGGAAUUCAGCCUCACGCGAGGAUGUCGCCUCCUUGAGUGGCACCUCCUCGCUAAACAGCCAGAUGUCGGUGCAUAAUCAGUUUAUCUCCGGAUUGCCAAGCAAUGGCAUUGGCAGCAACGGAGUCAACGGAGGAGCAGCCACCGGACGAGGCGGUCCACCCAGCAGCAUUCUCAAGGGUAGCAAGGAGAACCUGCUGCAGAACACCUACUACAACGGGGAGACGGGGGACAGCAGCCUUGGCAGCGAGUGCGGAGUUGGAGAUGUCCAGCACCAGAACCACGAGAGCCACGAUGAUCCGGGCGACGGAUUGGGACCACUUCCGCCCAAAUGGGAAACAGCAUACACUGAACGCGGCGAGCUCUACUUCAUCGAUCACAACACGGGCACCUCUCACUGGCUGGAUCCGCGGCUCUCCAAGUACCAGAAAAAGUCACUGGAGGAUUGCUGCGAGGACGAGCUGCCAUACGGAUGGGAGAAGAUCGAGGACUCCAUGUAUGGAAUGUACUUUAUCGACCAUGUAAACCGGCGGACGCAGUACGAGAACCCAGUGCUGGAGGCCAAGCGACGGGCGGCCGAGCAGAGCCAACAGCAACAGCAGAUGCAACAGCAACAACAGCAUCAGGAACAGCGGUCCAAGACACCUACUGCGCUGUCGGAAACAAUGCCCCCAGAGGCGGCUGAAGCUCACGAUCAGGAGGAGGAUGAGAGCCCAAUGAAGCUGCCGUACAAGUUCACCCGCAAUCCCGCCGAGCUGCAGGGCCAGCGUAUCAACACUACGCUGCUGAAGUCAUCCCGUGGUCUGGGUUUUACGAUUGUGGGAAGUGACGGGAGCGCUGGUGGGGAUGUGGAGGAGUUUCUGCAGAUCAAGACAGUGGUGCCAAACGGACCUGCCUGGCUGGAUGGCCAGCUGCAAACGGGAGAUGUUCUGGUCUAUGUGAAUGACACAUGUGUGCUGGGCUACACGCACCACGACAUGGUCAACAUCUUUCAGUCUAUUCUGCCUGGCGAGAGGGCAGCCCUUGAAGUGUGCCGUGGAUAUCCGCUGCCCUUUGACCCGAAUGAUCCCAACACCGAGGUAGUGACCACCAUGGCGGUGGAUGGGCGGGAGUCGGACAAGCAGCGACGCCUCAACAUGGACGGCAAUUACAACUUCUUGGAUUUGUCCGGCGAGGGAGCGAAGAAAGCCAGCGGUUCCGGCAGUGGUUUCAUUCUAAUGAAGAAACCCGAGAUCUAUACCUUUUCGAUCAUGAAGGGCUCAAUGGGUUUCGGCUUCACCAUUGCCGAUUCCGCCUGUGGUCAGAUCGUAAAGAAGAUUCUCGAUCGCAACUGCUGCACCCAGCUGAUGGAGGGUGACGUUCUUUUGGAAAUCAAUGGCUUGAACGUGCGCAACAAGCCGCACUUCUACGUGGUAGAGCUUCUCAAAGAGUGCAGCCAGACAACGCCCACUGCCGUGAAGAUUCAGCGAACGCCGCCGGAUGCGCCGGCCAACAACACGCUCGCCCAACUUAACCAGGUGGGUAAUGUGGCCAAGCUGCGAAAGAACUUUGUGGGCAGCGGCCUGUUCCGCAGCAAGACGCCCACGGCGGACCUCUACAGUACCCAGGUGAAGGAGGUGUUACCCAUGCGCCCAAAGACACCACUAGUGGACACGCGACGGUCACGGGUUCAAAUUCAAUCGCCGAACAACGAGGUGGACGACGAGGGUGACGGUGCUGCUGCCGCGGAGAGGAAACCGCUUCAGCUGCAGACGCAAGGAAAGUCGAACAGCAGUUUGCAGGAGCUGGACGAUGUUCCCUAUAUGGAUCCAUAUCCCAAGAUUAGCCGUCUGACCGAGCGUCUGGCGGAAGUGACGCUUCAGGGAGAUCCUAAUGGUGGCAUUUACGGCAUGCCGCCCAGUAUGCAGCCCCUUCCCCUACCGCUGGCUCAUCACGAAUCUUGCUACUGCUACGACUGCCAGGCGCAGCGCUACCGCCCUGGAUACUUUGUCCAGGCCCAGCAGGCUGCCAUGUCGGGAACCACUGGUCAGUACUCGCCGCUGCAGACAGCGCAUCUCCAAAAUGAGCGGAUUCAACGGCGCGUCAACGAGCUACUCAGCGAUCGCAGGCGUGUGGGCUUUGCGAACCUGGAUCCUCCGCAGCAGCAGCCGCAGAUGCAGCAUUCGCCAAGCUGGCGGAACGGAGCCUUGCUGGACGUCUCCGAGGACGCGGACCAGUGCGAGUUGACUGAGGUCACUCUGGAGCGCCAGGCUUUGGGUUUCGGCUUUCGCAUAGUCGGCGGCACUGAGGAGGGCUCUCAGGUUACUGUGGGCCACAUAGUGCCUGGUGGCGCCGCUGAUCAGGAUCAGCGCAUUAAUACGGGUGAUGAAAUCCUGAGCAUCGACGGCAUCAACGUGCUUAAUUCGUCGCACCACAAAGUGGUUUCUUUGGUGGGAGAAUCGGCGCUACGCGGGCAGGUUACCAUGAUCCUUCGCCGGCGUCGAACUCCGCUUUUGCAGCAGGCUCCAGUCAGCACACAACUGCGUCGCUAUCCUUAUGAUGUGAUUGUUAGCCGGCAUGAAAACGAGGGCUUCGGAUUUGUUAUCAUUUCAUCAUCGAACCACUAUUACGGCUCGACAAUAGGGAAACUAAUACCAGGCAGUCCGGCGGAUCGUUGUGGGGAGCUCAAGGUGGGCGAUCGCAUAGUGGCAGUAAACCGCAUCGAGAUAGCUGGCAUGUCGCACGGCGAUGUAGUGAAUCUCAUCAAGGAGUCUGGUCUUCAUGUGCGCCUGACUAUCGGCGUUCCGCUGAAGGAAGGUGGUCCCAGUCCUGGCGGCAGUAGCGUCGGUGUGUCCAGCAACACUCCGCUGCAGGCAUCUCCCAGUCUCCUGAAGGCACAACUCUCCCACCAGCAGCAACUUCCGCAGCAACAGCAGCAGCAUUUACAGCAGGCGCAGUUGAAUCACCACCACCAGCAUCUUGAGAUGCCAAUGUCAAUGCCCAUGCCAGGACAUGGCACCUAUUUGGAGCGACCCAGCAACAAUAUCUCAGCCACUUUGGCUCUGCACCAGCAGCCACAGUUAUGACUCUGAGACCUACGCAUUCGGCUCUAUAAGAGCUUUCUAUAGUGUUGCAUCGCCUGCAGGCCCUUAGUUUGUACUUUCGUUAGCAAAGUACUCACCCCAAAGACUGAAUUUAGUAGCAUAUGUAAGCCAAACCCUUUGCAAGUCUCAAAACCGUUUGUGAGUGCGUAUUUUUUCCAGUUUCUUAAGAUACCGAUUAUUAUCUUAGGCUAAGUUGCUGCUUGUACUUAAACGUUAAGACAAUUUGCCAGUUUGUGAGAUAUUAAUCACUUAGAUUAAGCUGUUUUAGACAUAUACGAAUUGUACAAAUGUAAAGGACUUUCAAUUUUUAUCUCGAGAAUGUAUAUUAUUCAAACACAAUAGAUAUUAACUUAUAUUUUUCAAAUAUACCUACA